UCACCCACUCAAUUAGUUUAAUGAUCUAUAUGUAUGAAAUUACAAAAAUACCCCUAUCACAUCAUCUUAUUUAACUAAGUUUUGGAUGGAGUUGACUGAGGCAAAAUGAGUUACUAAACUUUGGUCAAUGGAUGAAAGUGGGGCCACGUUAACUUUGGAGGGUAAAGUGAGAUUUGAUCGAAGUUUCAGCGGGCACUACAGUAAAUAAGCCUUCUAUAAAUAUAAUGAAAUCCCACAACUUAUCAACUAACCGUGAGGGUGGCUUUGCUCAUAAUCUUUCAUUGUGGACGGUAAUCUUGAUGUUCUUCACCUUAACCUCGGGGAGAGAUCUCAAGGGUUAUAGUCUACCUGGCAUGCUUCCACCUCAACUGGUCAAACUUCCUUACCUUAAAGAAAUUGAUUUGGCUCUCAAUUAUCUUAAUGGUACAAUACCAGGAGAAUGGGGUGCAAUGCAAUUAACAAAAAUUUCUCUUCUUGUAAAUCGCUUAUCAGGGGAGAUUCCUAAGGAGUUGGGAAAUAUUACUACUCUCACAUACCUGACUCUUGAAGCAAAUCAGUUCUCUGGAGUUGUUCCUCAUGAGCUUGGGAAUUUAAUCAACUUGGGAACUCUGGUGUUGUCCUCCAAUCGUUUGACCGGAAAGUUACCAGUGGCAUUGGCUGGGCUAAGAAAUUUAACAGACUUUAGAAUAAACGAUAAUAACUUCAAUGGAACGAUACCUGAUUUCAUACAGAAUUGGGAAAAACUUGAGAGAUUAGAAAUGCAUGCAAGUGGGCUUCAGGGACCCAUCCCCUCCAACAUAUCUCUUUUGAGAAAUUUACAAGAGUUGAGGAUUAGCGAUAUAAAGGGGCCACAGCAGGGUUUUCCUACGUUGACAAACAUGGCAGGCCUAGUGAUAUUGGUUCUCAGAAACUGCAACAUUUCUGGAGAGAUUCCUCCAUACAUCUGGACGAUACAAAACCUGAAAAUGUUGGAUGUCAGUUUUAACAAGUUAGUAGGGGAAGUUCCAGACACUAUGAACUUAGAGCGUUUGAGAUUCCUGAUUUUAACUGGAAACUCUCUGAGUGGAAGUGUACCUGGCUCAAUCUUCGAGGAUGGAAGUAAUGUUGAUCUUUCAUACAAUAACUUUACAUGGCAAGGCCCUGGGCAACGUACUUGUCAGGGCAACAACAAUCUAAACCUGAACUUGUUUCGAAGCUCUUCAUCCGAGAACAACUUAAGGAGAAAAGAUGGUCUUCCAUGCUUGAAGGAUCUCAACUGCCCACGCUAUUCAACUUGUUUACAUGUUAAUUGUGGUGGAAAUGAAGUCAUCAUCAAAGAAAAUAAAGGAAACAUUGUGUAUGAAGGAGACGGAGGAGUUGAAGGUGGCCCUGCAGAGUAUUUCUUAAAUGGUGAUUAUUUUUGGGGAUUUAGUAGCACUGGAGACUUCAUGAAUGACAACAAUUUCCAAAAUACACGCUACUCUGUAUCUCUGGCAUCUCCAUCUUCUAAUCUCUCUGAAAAAUACAAGACCGCACGCAUAUCCCCAAUUUCAAUCACAUAUUUCCAUUAUUGCUUAGAAAAUGGUGACUAUACUAUAAGUCUUCACUUUGCGGAGAUACAGUUUACAAAUGACCAAACAUAUACAAGUCUUGGCAGGCGUGUAUUUGAUAUCUACGUUCAGGAAAAAGAAUUGCGAAAGGAUUUCAAUAUUGAAGAUGAGGCAAAGAUGGCUCAAAAGCCUGUAGUAAUACAAGAACAUAAUGUCAGUGUGACAAAUAAUAUCUUAGAGAUCCGAUUCUAUUUUGCUGGUAAAGGGACAACAAGGAUUCCUGACAGAGGAGUUUAUGGUCCCCUUAUCUCUGCUAUUUCCGUGACAUCUGAUUCCAAAGAUUGCUCAAAUGGUGAAAGCAAGGGAACUACUCACAUUGUUGUUGGAGCUGUAGUAGGAGCAUUUGGCCUGGUGUUUGUUAUAUUGGGAAUCCUUUGGUGGAAAGGAUGCAUGUCAGGCAAAAGGGGGAGAAAGAAAGAUAGAGAAGGACUUGAUGGACAGACAGGGAAUUUUACCUUAAAACAAUUAAAAGCUGCCAAUAAUGACUUCGAUUCUGCUAACAAAAUCGGAGAAGGUGGUUUUGGUCCUGUGUACAAGGUACUUUAG